AUGUUGCACAGUCAAGCCACCGAAAACAAGCAUAGCGAUGGUUGGAAUCCAACUCCAAAUAACCAAAUUCCAGAUGCUAAAGAAGGCUUGAUAGGAUGGUGGUUGAAUGCCACAUUUAUUCUGGGGGCGUGUUAUCUUCGAAGUGCCGGUAACGAUCCAGAAUUUACUGGUGAUUUAUUAACAAACACAUCUGAACGUACAGUAAAAAGAUUAACUCUCGACUCAUUAAAUAAUACUACCGAACAAAUUCCAACAAUGUCUCACACUCCGCAAGAUUCAGCGAUGAUGAUAUGCUAUCGUGAAUGCUUAUUAAAUUUGGACAAAUUCCAUGGUGGUGAAGACCAAAAAGUUUCACAAUUUAUUAAUAAUAUUGAAAGAAUUGGAAGAAUGAUUAAUGCAAAUGAUGAUAUUUUACAUUGUAUGUGUACAGCAAAAUUAGAUGGUGAAGCGAAACGCUGGUAUGAAGACAAUAUGACAUUAGCCAAAUGGGAAAAUUUAAAACCAACAUUAUUGGAAAGAUUUACAACAUCGGAUUCAGCAUCGAAAAUAUUUGAACAAUUGAAAGAACGAAAACAAAAAUUAGAUGAAACAAUUACAUCGUAUUAUGAUGCUGUCAUCAAAUUAUGUCGAGAAUAUGAUUCAUCCAUGUCACAAAAAAUGAUGAUAUCGUGGUUACAAAAUGGAAUUAAAGAUUCAUUGAAGACUCAAAUUAAACGACAAAUGAAAUUGUUACCUGAAUCAGCACGAACAAUUCAAGCAUUCUUAAAAAUUGCUAAAGAUGAACAAGAAUUACAAGAAGAAGAUUCUUCUGAACUCCAAGCAACACAAUCUUAUUUACCAUACAUUACGAAUACCGUAUCAACAACAGCACAACAAACACGAAGCAACUCCGAAAGGAUACCAACAUCAACAUAUUUACCAUCACGACAUACAACAUAUAAACAAUAUGCUCCAUCAUCUAAAUCUUUAGAUUCAUUAAAGCCACAACCGAAAAGUCACAGUUCAACUUCCCGACCAUCAUCUAUUUUACAUAAACGGGAAUCACAUUAUUUAUCAACUAAUAAUUCAUCACGACGUCAAGACGCAAAUGUUAAACCUUAUUCAUCUACACAACAUGAUUCUCAACGACGACCAUGUGAUGUAUGCCAACGCAUUAAUCAUCGAACAAUUGAUUGUUAUUACAAGAAACCAUAUGGAUGUUUUAAAUGUGGACAGUCCGAUCAUCAUAUACGUGAUUGUCCACAGGUUUUCUACUAG